AUGGACCCACACCCCAACGACACAGUCCAUGACUGGCACACAGUGUCCCCAGCGCCUACAGAGAGCCUGGUCUAUGAGGAUGAACACAACGAGACCUGGUGCUUUGCAAAACACGUCCCUGAACUCAUCACCGGGAUCAUCACGCUGCUCAUCUGCCUGUGCGGGCUGGUGGGGAACGGGGCCAUGCUCUGGCUCCUCGGCUUCCGCAUCAGGAGGAGCCCCUUCACCGCCUACCUCCUGAACCUGGCCGUGGCCGACUUCUGCUUUCUCCUCUUCACAUCAGCUUUCCUUGUGGUUUAUCACAUGCCCGUGCUCAGCUGCUCCCAGCCAGUGCUCCUGCGGAUGCUGCCGCUAUUUCACUCCAUGGUUCUGCUCACGUACAGCACCAGCCUCUACCUCCUCACUGCCAUCAGCGUGGAGAGGUGUAUGGGUGUCCUCUGGCCCUUCUGGUGCCGAGGCCAUCGUCCGGAGCUCCUGUCUGCUGCCAUGUGUAUCCUGCUGUGGGCCCUCUCUUGUGUGCUUGCGGGGCUGGUGUACUUUGUGUGUGACCUGGGUCGUUCCCAACACUGUGGGAUGGUUCUUGGGCUCUUGUGCUGCCUCAAUUUCUGCUUUUUCACUCCUUUUAUGGUCCUUUCCAACGUGGUCCUCUUCAUCAAGCUCAGGCGCAGCUCUUGGCAAGAUCACCCGGCGAGGCUCUACACUGUCAUCUUCCUCACCGUUCUCUUCUUCCUCCUCUUCGGCAUCCCGCUCAGUGUCCAGAUCUUCCUCAACUUCUUUGUCUACACUAACUUUGUCUUUGAGAUCUGCCUGUUGCUGGCCUCUUUCAACAGCGGCAUCAAUCCCGUUAUUUAUGUCCUGGUUGGGAGCUCUGGGAAGUUCACGUUCAGGGGAUCCGUCAAAGUGGCUCUUCAGAGGGUCUUUGAAGAUAGGGCAGAUUCCCAAGAGGUGGGUGAGACCCCGGUGAUGGAAAUUGCUGCCUAA